AUCCCACAUCCUCGCGCGACAUCAACAACAAUGCAAACCGUCGUCUGUUUUGGUAGCAGAUCUCUGAUUGGAGCUAGACGGUCCGAAAGCUUAGUCAAGGUGUCAACGUCUCAUUUCUUUUAAGAAUUGGCGAUUUUUAUUUUACGUCAAGAGUGUUUUAUUUAUUGUUAUUUUUCGUUUUUUUUGUUACAUUUUUUUUUUUUCAAAAAUGUGCGAGGCGCUGUUGGCAAGCUCCCACAGUCUAUGCAUGUGUGUCCCUGCUGCUUUUCUGCUGGGCUACAGCUACUAACCUAGCCGCUUUUCACUCGGUGGUUAGCUAACAUUAGCCUGGCCGCGUUUAUUGACUUGAGUGGGGGGAAAACAAGCGAAUGUAAAGCGUGUUUGUGCGAUCUGCUUUUUUUUUAAUGACAACAGCUCUCAACUUAAUCGUCGCUGUCGGGAUAUAAGACGAAGUGUUGUAUGAUUUGUCGUAGAGAAUAGUUUGCUGGCUAGCUAACUGGCUAGCUAUUUGUGUGUGUAUUCUUCGAAUAAGGAAAACGGCGAGUUUUCUUUGAAAGUAUGGAUGACCAGACCAGAAUGAUGACGGGUCUCACCGGACUCGGUGGACUACAACAAGCCGAUGUAGGAGACCCAGACUCGGUCAGGAAACAGCAGUCCCUCGGUCAGCCUCAACAAGACAUAGGGGAUAUCCUACAGCAAAUAAUGGCCAUCACCGACGAGAGCCUGGACGAAGCACAGGCCAGAUGCUGGCCAGAGGAUUCGCCGGCGCAUUGGGGUGGAUCAGACGACCCCACAGAGGGAGGGAGAGCAGGGGGGGGCAUGGCAGGGGGUGGCCUGCCACUCAACUUCCAGCACAGGAAGCAUGCCCUGAACUGUCACAGAAUGAAGCCAGCCCUCUUCAGCGUUCUCUGUGAGAUCAAAGAGAAAACGGUGCUGAGUAUACGAGGUGUGCAGGAGGAGGACCCCCCAGAUCCCCAGAUCAUGAGGUUGGACAACAUGCUCCUAGCAGAGGGUGUGUCAGGACCAGAGAAGGGUGGAGGAUCAGCUGCAGCGGCUGCCGCUGCAGCAGCAGCAGGGGGCUCACCCACCGACAGCAGCAUCGAACACUCCGACUACAGAGCAAAGCUCGCCCAAAUCCGCCAGAUAUAUCACUCUGAGCUGGAGAAAUAUGAGCAGGCAUGCAGUGAGUUCACCAACCAUGUAAUGAACCUGCUGAGAGAGCAGUCUCGCACACGGCCCAUCUCUCCCAAGGAGAUUGAGCGCAUGGUGGCCAUCAUCCACCGCAAGUUCAGCUCCAUUCAGAUGCAGCUCAAACAGAGCACCUGUGAGGCCGUCAUGAUCCUGCGCUCACGCUUCCUCGAUGCCAGACGUAAGAGGCGCAACUUCAACAAGCAAGCUACAGAGGUGCUGAACGAGUAUUUCUACUCUCACCUGUCUAACCCUUACCCAAGUGAGGAAGCAAAGGAGGAGCUGGCCAAAAAGUGUGGGAUCACUGUGUCUCAGGUCUCUAAUUGGUUUGGCAACAAGAGAAUACGUUACAAGAAGAACAUUGGUAAGUUCCAGGAGGAAGCGAACCUCUACGCAGUUAAAACAGCGGUGGAUGCUGCCAAUGUGUCGGCGCAGGCUAGCCAGGCUAACUCUCCGGCAACACCCAACUCAGGGUCACCAGGGUCAUACAGUUUGUCUCACACAGGCGACACCUACCUUGGCCUGCGUUUGCUCAACGGGGAGGGUCUCAACAUCGCCCCCUCUCUACAGCCGCAGGUGGAUACCCUGCACCGUGCUACACACCUGACGGGCGGCUAUGAGGAGCUGUCAGGUAGUGGCCUCUACACCCCUCAUCGCCUGGAUGCUAACAGCUGGCAGGACACCACCAACCCCCCCUCGGUCACCUCCCCUCCCGGUCCUCCUGGCAGCGUCCACUCCGACACCUCCAACUGAUUCGAUGGCUCUCCCCGCCAUCACUUCAUUCCCAUUGUGGUCUUCUCUGACUACCAUCCCCUGUCCCCCCACCCCCCGCCCCACGCCCCCACCCCGCCCCAUUGUUCAAUAUUCCCUCGUCUCUCGCGACUCGACAGCUACGCAAGGCUGUGCUCACAUUUCAUAAACACACACUGUGCUGGAACACAGGACAGCCGAACAGUAGUUAAAGGAGGAAUUCGCCUCCCAACCCCACAGCUCCACUUCAAUGCUAGAAGCUCCGUAACUCAGAAUGAAAGAGGGAUGGAGCUCACCGAUGCUGAGACAGAUAGGAAACAUCUUUACUAUCAAGGACUUUUUGAAAAACCACUGACCCAGCUGUGUAGAUGAUGUCUGUACAUUAUGUGUAUAUGCACGUUAACUUCACACAGUACUCACACAGCUUGUCCAUGUGCUGUUGACCUCUGCACUCGACCCUUUGCUUUGGAAAACUGUGUGUGAUUGCCUGUAUCUCCUGAAGCCUUGGCAUUUGACAGCCAAACUGUUGAUACGGAUCACCAGGGAGCUCUGCUCACCUUGCUCGUACCAAAGUGCUGCCCCCCCCCCACCCCCCAGUAGUUGUCAACACAUCUGUUCCUCUGAGAUCACCCUCUGCCAGCUCAACACAAGACACUGUUGUAUCUUCCAGUCCUUAUAGCUUGAUGUUUCAUUCUGUUGGAGAUUUCAAAGUGAAUAAAUGAGAAAUGCACACAUGUGCAUGCACCCCCUCCCCCACCCCCCCACCCCCCACACCCCGCUUCCACAACACACACCUUGCAACUUUUCAGUCGUUUUCAUAGUGAGUUGACAUAAAAAAAGAUGUGUCAAGCACAAAAGUUAGCAUCCUUGUUAUGGGUGUCUUUACCUGUGAAAGGGUAGUUAAGGGGAUCACUGUUCUAAACCAGGCAGGACAGGUGCUAAUAGGGCUGGUGAGAAGAGGAGGAAAGGGCAGAGAGAGGAGAAUAUCUUUGGUUGAGUGGAUGUAACUAAUAGCCCUUUUUGUUGCUAACCAAUAGAGGGUGUUGGUAGAUGGCUUGUAGACUUAACUUCUUGCUUUCUGUCCACUAGUUUAUUUGAUUGUAGGCUAUUUUCUAAUGCUGUUUCACCAAGAAUGCACCAGCCACCACCAAAAAUUAGCUCAAUAAAGCAUCUAAAUGACGUUAGGAGAAGGGUGGAAAGAUUGUGGGGCAUUGAUGUGUUGUUGGGACAAACGUGACAUGAAUUUAGAAAACGUGACUGUCUUCCAUGCAUGUAGGACUUCUAGGCGUGAUAUUAUUGUUUUCAUUUAACCUUCCAAGUUUUUAGCUUCGUUUUUAUUAACAAAAAAAAAAAAUAAAGGGUAUAAUUAUUACAGUCAGACCAAAAAGGAAAAAGUGCAUCAUGUAUUGCUAUGAUGUGUGUGUCUCUGUGUGGGCGUGUGUACAGUGUUCUUGGGAUGUCUUAGUCAAACUGGCCGGUGCCCUCUGACCUUUGUAAGCAUUAUAGAGACUGGGUGCUUCCACCAGCGGAUGACACACUAGGUGGGGUUCAACUGAGAUCUCCUCACCAUCUUGAAACAUUUAAGCUUGUGAGCCCGAGGCAACACACUACAACCUUCUGUUGUACCAAAACCAAAAAUACCACGUUCAGCAAUGUAAUAAUGCUACUCUGUGUCUCUCUAAAGUUGGUGCGCAGCCACCUUUUCAGUUUGAGGAGAGGAGGGAAUUAUAUUUGUAUCUGUGUCUCUCUCUGUGUGGUGUUGUCAUGCCUCAAGUUGAUUUGAUUUCUUUCUUUUUUUGGGGGGGGGGCGGUAUUUGUUGUGGGGGCUUCAUGGGAGGGUGGGUGGAGUGAGGACUGUCACAUCGCACCUGUAAUUUGAUUGUGUGCACUUGAGCACCUGUUUCAUGAGAAAGUAUGCCCCCCCCCCCCUUUACCCAUCCUUCAAUACCUUCUGGUAAAAACCCACAACUUUAUUGUUUUUUUAGUUCUAUGGCCAAUUGGGCAAGGGCUUCUCUCUCUCCUCUGUUACCAAAAAAAGAGGCAGCACUGGGUGUAGUAAAACUCUUAAAACGUGUUUAAGACAAACCUACAACGUUUUUUGGGGAUUUUCAUUCUUUGGAACUAUUUUAUACAUUAACUGUUAUGUUAAUAACAAAGCAUUUUGAUAGUAAGGUAAAGCCUUAUGAAGAUUUACGUGUCAGUCAAGACUUUGUUGAACCAUAUGUUACAGAACAAAACUUGAGCUUGUAAGCUGGUCACAUGUGAUAUCCCACAUUUAAUUACUUGUUUUGUUACUCAUCGCAGUUCAUACGACUGUAUUUUAUGAAUAAUGUUAUCGCCACACCAAAUUAUCAUGCCCUCCCCCCCUUUUCUACCUGUUGUAAUGGAUGUCACUGUACAGUUUGUGUAAUGUUUCAGUAUUUUUUUUUUUUUUUUCUUUUAUAAAUUUUGAUGUUUGGUUGAGAUACCAGUUUUAUUUGGCCUUUUGUUUCACAGGAUUCAUGAUAACUCUGUAUCAAUUUUGAAUAUUAUUUAGGUCUUUUGUUACAUAACCGGGUGGAAAUGUAGGGUUUAUAGGUGUAACGUUUGCUGCUGUGGAAAAAAAAUUGUAUCAAUUGAGGAUUUCUAAAGGACUAUAUUAUACAUUAUUUGGCGUAUUUUUUCAACCCACUUCUUAUCUGAUUUUCCCCUCAGUUCCUACAUUUUUUUCACUGUUUCACAGUCACUUCCCCAGAGAAUCACCCAGUUCUGUGCUUUACAUAUUGUUUGAAACCUGCUCAAGUUACCAUAUGAAAUUGGACAUUUCUGUCUAAGAAUAUUUAUUUGCCUCAAAUUCAUCAGCCCACCACAUCUGCACCUUCUGAUGCAUGUUUGUGGAAAGUUAAUCCCAGUAAACCCUUCAAACGAAUUGAAGUGGAUACUUUUAAAUGUAGAAAUACUGUGAAAACAUGCAAACUCUACAUUUGCAUAUGACAUAUGAGGAAGUUACUAAUGGAUGACCUACAGGAAGGAAGGUCAGCCUUCACAUUAGAGGGGGUGGUAUCAUCAUGCUACCCAUCACUCACUCAGUGAGUACAGCAAAAACAUCCAUGUAACAUUUAAUGCCAUAAUUUGAUCUCAAUGUAAACAUUUUGUGUUCCCCUGUAAUUUCGAGCCAGAGCUGCAAUUCUAAAACACAGAACUUAAUUUUAUCGACUGUCGAUUGCAUUUAAAUCUUUGGAUUCUGCAAGAGACUAAAUGACUUCCACAGCAUCAAAUGACUUCUUAAACCUUUUUGAUUUCUUUGUUUUUAUUAGUAUAUUUGUAUCUUCCCUCUUUCCCUUGUAUUUACCCCUCUCUCUACCUCUGUCUUUCCAUUUCUCUUGUAUAUAACCCCCACUGUUUUCAGACUUGUGAGUCUGUAUGAACUCCUUUUAUACCUCAACUUUAGAAUUGUUCUAGAAAGAGUAAAACAAAAAGGAAGAAUAUGACAAAUUGUAGUGUUCUUAUUAGAAAAUUAAUAAAAAUGAUUUAGUGUGAUUUUUCAGUAUUUGAUUUCAGAUUUUAGGAGUGUUUCAUUUUAUAAUUUGUCACAAACGCUCUUGUGAUAGUCAAAUGUAAUAAAAGGAGAGAUUGCACCAUCUGAUGA